AUGACCCUCGACGAGCGCUACGAGCUCUGCCGCUCCGUCGGCGAGGAGUGCAUCCAGGAGGCGGAGCUCCGCAACCUCCUCGACAAGAAGCCCGUGCCCGUCUGCUACGACGGCUUCGAGCCGUCCGGCAGGAUGCACAUCGCGCAGGGCGUGAUGAAGUGCCUCAACGUCAACAAGCUCACCAAGGCGGGAUGCCACUUCAAGUUCUGGGUCGCCGACUGGUUCGCGCUGAUGAACAACAAGAUGGGCGGCGACCUCAAGAAGAUCCAAAAGGUCGGUCAGUACAUGGUGGAGGUGUGGAAGGCGGUGGGCAUGGACCUCAGCCGCGUGGAGUUCAUCUGGUCCAGCGAGGAGAUCAACAAGCGCGGCCACGAGUACUGGCCGCUGGUCCUCGACAUCGCGCGCCGCAACAAGCUCGCUCGCAUCCUUCGGUGCACGCAGAUCAUGGGACGCAGCGAGACGGACGAGCUCGCGGCGUCGCAGAUCUUCUAUCCGGUCAUGCAGUGCGCUGACAUCUUCUUCCUCGGCGCGGACAUCUGCCAGCUCGGCGUGGACCAGCGCAAGGUGAACAUGCUCGCGCGCGAAUACUGCGAGGACAUCAAGCGCAAGAACAAGCCGGUCAUCUUGUCGCACCACAUGCUCAUGGGUCUGAAGCAGGGGCAGGAGAAGAUGAGCAAAUCCGACCCGGAGUCCGCCAUCUUCAUGGAGGACUCCGAGGCGGACGUCAACGUCAAGCUCAAGAAGGCGUACUGCCCCCCCGGGAUUGUCGAGGGUAACCCGUGCCUUGAGUACAUCAAGUACGUGGUGAUCCCGUGGUGCGGCAAGUUCAGCGUCACGCGCACGGAGGAGAACGGCGGGGACAAGGACUAUCUGGCGUACGAGGAGGUGGAGGCGGACUUCCUGGCGGAGGCGCUGCACCCCGGGGACGUCAAGCCCGCUCUGGCGAGGCACCUCAACCAGAUCCUGCAGCCGGUGAGGGAUCACUUCCAGAACAACCCAGAGGCGAAGAAGCUUCUGGACACCAUCAAGAAGUACAAGGUGACCAAGUGA